AUGGCCCCCGCUGCCCUUGUGGAGCGGGCAAGGGAGGCCGGUGCAGCAGGGGCUGGCGCGGUCGCGCCGUCCGGGUUCGACGACGGGAGGGUGGCGCAGCAGUUGUGGGCGGGAUCCCUCCCUCCCUCCAUGAAUUCCAGCAGAAGCCUCCUCUCGUCGCCCCUCUUUGCUAGCUCGUCUCCAAACUUCAGGAGCAGUACGUCCGUCUCCUCCCCGUCCCCAUCCCGCACCACAGCAGUUCCAAUGAUACAUGACAACACCAGCAGAGCAUCCACGGCGUGCCACUACUCACCGUCUCUUGUGGCAGAGGAGCAGCUUCACGGUUCCAAAGACACCUUGACCUUGAAGGGCGAAAAGGCUUUGCUUGAGUUGCUGCUAGGCAUGGCUCUGGACCAGCACGUCGACGGCGGGAAGCUCAUGCCUGAGGAUACUGAUUUCGAGAGCUAUUUAAAAGAAGCAACAAGCCGAGUGCUUUACCAGCCAGCAUUCACUGAAGAGGAUGAUUCUACUUCGGAGAGCUCUUCAGCAUCAAUAGCCAAACCACCUGGGAGUUUGGAUCUUGGCAUGCUGACAAAGCAGGUGGAAUUGCCAGCAGAAGAAUCAGGCACUUCAGACACCCAGUUGGAUGUACCACAGCCUCACCGUGUGGAUCCAAACCAUUCAUACGAGGGACUGCUCAACAAUGAUCAAGUGUUUAUUAGAUCCACUCGGUUACUUGAGAGGAGAUCUAAGAAACGCAACGCCUACAGGGCUUCGAGUAACGACGUUCCGUGCAGUGGUGUGAACCCAAAGAGAAAAGAGAAGUCAAAGAAGUUUGGCAGAGUUCUUGAUCCAGAUGAGCCUUUCAGGUUGUUUCUACGGGAUCGAGAGACAACAGAGUUCUUGACAGCGAAAGAGGAGAAACAGAUGUUCAGUCAAAUACAGAAUCUUAUGAAGCUAGAGGAGGCUCAGCGUAAACUGCAAGCUCAAUGUGAUCGUGAGCCAACAGUUGCAGAGUGGGCUCAAGCCGUAGGAAUGAGCUGCAGGGAGUUGCAAUCCUGUGUCCGCACUGGAAGACGGUGCCGAGAGAAGAUGGCCCGCUCCAACUUUCGCCUUGUGAUACAUGUCGCUAGGAAAUAUGAAGGACAUGGCCUUGACAUUCAGGACCUGGUGCAGGAUGGAUGUUGUGGGUUGAUGAAAACCUUUGAGAAGUUCAACCCAAGCAAGGGAUGCAGAUUCCCGACCUAUGCCUACUGGUGGAUACGUCAAUCGAUCAAAAAGUCGAUCUUCAAGAAUUCAAGACUAAUCCGAUUGCCGGAGAGUGUGUUUGCACUCCUGAGGAAGGUGGGCAAAGCGAGGAUGGAAUGCAUAAUGGACGGGGAGCAGCCGACGAAUGAGAAUGUCGCAAGGCGUGCCGGCAUCACAAUUGAGAAGCUUGCGAAACUGAGAGCCAAAACCAGGAAACCACGGUCCAUGCAGGAUCGGGUUUGGUCAGAUGACGGUGUCACAUACCAGGAGAUCACUGAGGACCCCAACAUUGAGGCUCCUGAGGUGAGCGUGGACAGGCUGAUGAUGCAGCAGCAGGUGCGCAGCUUCCUGGCAGGGAUGCUGAGCCCCCGGGAGAAGGAGAUCAUCGAGCACCGCUUCGGCAUCCACGACGGGCAGCCCAAGACCCUUCAUGUCAUCGGCGACAUGUACGGGCUGUCCAAGGAGAGGAUCCGCCAGGUGCAGAACAAGGCCCUGGACAAGCUGAAAAACAGCAUCUCGGCACAGGGCUUCCACGUCUACUUUGAUUUGCUAACUUGA